AUGGGGUCAAGGGAGUCCAUCGCCCCCGAGGAACUCGCUGUAGCAGACGAGGGAAGCCGGGAAAGGCUGCUUGGGGGGCCCUUGCCGGUUGCGCGUCGCCUCCCUGCACGGGGGAUUCUCCUGUUUGUGAUAUUAUCGCUCAAUUUUAUCCUCUACUUCGACCGUGGCGCGGUCGUGGGGAGUCUGAUGGCGAUUCGGGCGGAUGCGAAGAUUCUCGGUGCCCGGCUAGCCCUCACGGAUGCGCAGAGCGGGCUGUUAUUUUCAGGCUUCAUCGUGGGUUACAUGUUGAGCUGCCCAUUAUUCGUCGCCCUGGCGGUACGGUUUGGGUUUAAACGGGUGAUUUUAAUAAGCCUAUCGGUGUGGGCCUCGGCCUGCAUCGCGACGGCGCUCGCCUGGAGUUACGGAAGUCUUUUAGGGAGUCGCCUCGUCGCCGGGGUGGGGGAGGCCGCGUUUAUCAGCUUUGCGAUGACGACUACGGAUAACAUCGCCCCCGUCGCGCGGCGAACGACGUGGAUUGGGGCUUUUUACGCGAUGGUGCCGCUCGGGAUGGCGGUGGGGAUCGCGAUUGGGGGGUUCGUCGGAGGAAAGGGGCCGCUGUUCGCGGGGAUGCCCGCCUGGCGAGGGGUGUUUCUCGCGGAGGUGGGGGUGGCGAUCCCCAUUCUCGCGCUCUUCGCGCUCGUGCCGUCGACAUUUUACAAAAAACCCUCCACCGAGGGGGAACGCGAAGGCGAGGCGGGCUCGGUCGAGGCCGCGUUUGUUUCCCUCCCUGCCGCCUUCACGGGGUUGUUGCGGAAUGCCGAUUACGCGUUGCUGAUUGCGGGGUUUUGCGUCUUUUCCUUCGUGGCGACGGCGCUCUCCGUGUGGGGGAUUCCAAUGCUCAUGGAGGGGCCGCUUCGUUUGGAGGGCGGCCCUGCCGCGGCGCUCAUCGGCGGCGCCACCGCCCUCUGCGGCGUCGGGGGCGCCCUUCUCGGCGGCGGUCUGGUGGAUCUCCUCGGCGGCAGCCAGGGCGACCCCGGCCUCGCGAAGUGUUUGUGGUUUAACCAAUCCAUGCUCGCGAUCGCGAUCCCGUGCGGGCUCCUCGCGUUUCUCCAGCACACCCUCUGGAAGUUUCUCAUUCUCUUCAUCGUGGCGAUGUUCACGCUCUUUUUGGUAACGGCACCGGUGAAUGCGUGUAUUUUGACGAUCGUACCGCCCACGAUCCGGCCUUACGCGAUUGCGAUUUCCGUUUUUUUGCUUCACGCCGUGGGCGACUUCCCGUCGCCGACGUUUGUCGGGAUGCUUUCGGAUCGGUUUGGGCGGCAAUGCCGGUUGCACACCGAUGAGGCCGCAUGCCAUGCAAAUCGAAGCGAGCGCUGCUGUUGGCGCCCCAUAAGCCACACCGACCACGCCUGGCAGUGUUGGUAUGAGGUUCAACUCCGAAAUGCACUGUUGAUUACUUUUUCGUUGUUGUUGGUCACCCUCCUGUGCUGGAAUCGGGUUUACCAUCGCGUUCGCGCGAGAAUAGGAUCCGCGGUGGGGAUUCCACUUCCGAAUGAGGACUUGGGCAACGGAACGGCGGCGGAGUAG